AUGAUUGUACUGGUUAACAUACUUCUAUCAGUAGCUUACGUAACAUAUACUAUAGGGUUAGCAUUUUUAUUAGCAGAAAAUAUACAUUCAUCGAUAGUUGGUGUUAUUUGUAAGAGAGUGUACAGGGUAAAUACUUAUUCAUUUAUGAACAGAACGCCAUAUGGUAGAUAUAUGAACAAGUUAAUAAUUCCCCCACAUGAGAUUCAUAAGAAUAUUGUAAAAAAAAAUAGGAAUGUUUACAAUUAUUAUCACCAUGAAAAAUGGAAUGAACAUUACCAUAACGACAUUAAUAAAUUUAUUCUCACUUUUAAUAAAAGCUACUAUUACGUAAAACAUCUGUAUGUGAAACGUACGGAUAGUAAAACUUGUACAUCUGAAUGUACAAACGAACUAAAACAUGGACAAAAUAGUAGAAAUGACAAAUAUUAUCAUAGGUCUGAUGCUAAUAUUGAGGAAAUAAUUUCCUCAAAAGGUGGGAACCUCUAUUCAGAUGAAAAUGAAAUUAGUAAAAACAUAUUGAAGGAUGGCAAUAAAAAUGAUCUUGAUCAAAGUAUUCCUAACAUACAAAAUGAUAGUAGUGUGGACAAAGGAAUGGCUGAUAAUGACGGCUUCUCUAAUUCCAGAGGUAGAGGUGGAAAUGAAAAGAGAGUAAGACAUGACAACUGGGAUGAUGAAUACAACCUAGUAAAUGAACAUGUGCUUUUGAAAAAGAACAGUAAAUCAAUCAAGGAUUUAAUAAAAGCAGGCAUAUGGAUUGUUCCAAAGGAAAACAUAAAAAUGAUUAGAGAAAGAACAGACAAGAAAAUAAACUGGAAUUAUCUUUUAAAAAAAAACAAUGAAUUGUUGAAGGAUAACAUAGAUAAAAUAUACAAUGGUAUAUAUAAUAAGGAAAACAUUGAUGAUAUAUUUUUUGUUUUUGAUACCUAUCCGUAUAACUAUUUGAAUGUCACUAUGAGUGUUUUCUCUCUUUACAAGUUUGCAAGUAGUUAUGUGAAUGAGAAGAAGCAAAAAAUUAAAAAAAUAAAUGAAAGUAAGAAAAUAUUUUUCAAUAAUUUGGACGGCGGCCUAAAAUUAGAGAGUGGUGCUGGAAACAGCGGAGGAAGCGAUAAUGGUCGAACUAGCAACAUACUGGUAGAUAACUUCUUUGCCGUUGAGGAUCCACUCGAGAAGGAGGUAGACGAUAGAAACAUGCUAAAAAUUAAAGAAGAAAGGAGGCGACUGAAUCAUAUAACGACUAAUCGGAACUUCUUAAGAGUUGUAGGGUCUAUUAGAAAACACCUAAAAAUUGUGUAUAAAAUAUUUUCAACAAAUGAGAAAUUACAAAGUUAUGAAAAAAAUAAAAGUAUGUAUCAGUAUAUACCAUACAUAAAUAUAAAGGAUAUAAUUAUUAUCCUAAGAUCCUUUUGUAUAUUAAAAUAUGAUCAUACUAGUAUAUAUAAAUAUAUUUAUUUCUAUAUAGUAUUUUUUAUUGAAAAAUUUGAUAUAUUUUACCUGUGUGAGGCAGUGUAUAUGUGUAUGAUUAAGAAGAUAUAUAUCAGACCUUUGUUUCUAAAUUUUUCUAAGCGUCUGAGGAGGUACUUUGAGGGGGAAAACUAUUCAGCUGUGGGAUUGAAAGAGGGGUUCAAGUCUAACGCGGUCGGGGAUGUCUACAACAUGGAUUCGUACAGGGGUAUCAGUAAUAGUAACUGUGGUAGCAGUGUGGUUGGCAAGGAGAUACAGGAUGAAUCGACAGGAUGCGCGAAACACCCCAAUAUCACAAAAGAAGACCAAAGCGUACUUUCCAUGUACGAAGAGAUAAACAUAUGCCAGUUUUAUAAUAAUAUGCAAAAGGCUUUGAAAAAGGAGAAAGUCAAACCUGCUUAUUUUACUCCCGCCCCAUUCAACUUAAGACCAUUUCAUUAUUCUAUUUAUCACUCGGCAAAUUAUUCUAACCUGAAUGAUUCGUUAGACGGAAAAGGAGGGGAAGAGAAGACCAACCAAGACGCAGAAGAUGACGAAAGAUACGAAGGAGAAGAGGGGGAACAAGUUAUGAAUAGCAAAGAACUGAAAAUGUUUGGCCCAGAGGAUAAGAGGAAAGAAAAAUUAGAUUUCAUUGGAAAGAAUGAAUAUACUGUUCACGUGGAUGAUUCUGCAGUUAGGUCGAACAAAAGUGAUGUAUAUAUAAAUUUCUAUGUGUACUGUUUAUACAUAUUGUGUAAGUUUCCAUAUACGGAUAUAAAAAUUUUAAGUAUAAUUACAAAUAAAAUUAUGAAUACUGUUAACGAAUUAACACUAGAUGAAUUGAUAUUAACAUUUUAUAGUCUUGCCGAGUUAGAAUAUGACCAUUUUAAUUUACAACAUCGUUUGUAUAUCCUCAUUUUUAAAAGUUUACAUUUGUUAGAUUACAGAAAUAAAGAUAUGAUUUUAAAACUAGUACGAUCAUUGCAUUUAACGAAUAAUUUACGUACAUAUGUGGAUGACGGUAGAACCCAUGAGGACUAUGCUACUGGGUAUGACCAAUAUGAACGCACUUCCACUCCCCAGCCCUUCAGCCGAACAAGCGUUAGUUCAAUUGACGGUGUUAAUAGUGUUGACACUAUUAACAGUAUAAGCAGUGGUGUAAAUAAUAUCAAUCGGGAAUAUCAGGAGCAUAGCAAGCAGCGCACCAUCGUGCAUAGCGUGAGAACCCUUAUGGUUGACUCGCUAUCAAAGAUGAUCUUAAAAAACGUAAAAAACUAUACACCCAUAGAACUAGUGGACAUCAUUCGGUACAUGUCGACAUUCGACUUUGUAAACAAAGAGUUGUUCAAUUUUGUGUUCAGCUUACCAUUUUUUAGAAGUAUAAAUGAAGAUAUACUAAAGCACUAUAAAAAUAAUAUAUAUUUCAAUCAGUCAUAUUAUGCUUAUACAAAGGAUAAUACUCUUAAUACACCCAUUGAGAUUAUGCUGUGCAAGCUGUACCAGUCAUACCUGUCCUACAAUAUGCACUUCUGUAAUAGCAAUGAUCUUCGCAGCCGUUUAGGCGAGCAGCACGAGAAUGGCAACAGGACUGAACGGGCAGAAGGAAAGGGGGUAAAUAUGGAUACAGUGAACCGAGGAGAAAUUCACAUAGGUGAAGCUCACCAUGGCGACGAAUACGUAGUACAGAGUGUUCACAAGCACAACAGAGAAAUUUCGUCAUUCAGAUUUAACGAAAGAACUCUUCAAUUACUUAAAAAGACUUAUAUGAACAAUAUGAAAACUUCUUCCUACAGCUCGUCCUCUCUACAUUAUGAAAUAGCUGAUAUCAUACAAAAAGAUUUUAAAAUUCCUUGUCAUGUAGAAUAUGAAACAGAUAACGGUAUGCUCAUAGAUAUUGCUAUAUUAUAUCAAGAUUUUAAAAAAAUAGACAAAAAUUUUCCAUAUUUUAAAAAUAUUGCUAUUGAGAUUAAUGGUCCCUUUCAUUAUAAGACUAAAUCGAUAAACGGGGGUCUUCCAUUCCUUAACACGAAAACGAUUUUAAAAAAGAGGUUACUGGAACAUGAUGAUUGGCAGGUCAUUUCGUUUCCCUUUUGGGAAAUCAAACCAUGGUUUAGCAAAACGAGAAAGGAAAACUACAUUUUGAAGGUGUUGCCACAUGAGAUAAAACAUAUUUUUAAUGAAGCUAAGAUUUUGUAA